UCGUAAAAGCGUCGCGCCGCGCGCAAGUUAUAUUCCUCUAUCCUUACUUUCUAAAUUCCCCUCGCGCGCGCAACGCGAUAUAUAUCCCUCCGGUGACGUUGCAUUUUGCAAUACGUACACGCACGACGCGGCGGCGGGAUUCGCGUCCGCGUAUACGGCGAUUUUUCCGUGCCUGGAUGUUAUAUCACAAAUCGCAGGAUCACCGCGGGAGAUGGCGGUCAGUGUCGUGAGAUACCACGUUCUCCUCUACGUGCUCUACGGCGCCCUGCUACAGUACCACAAUGCGAUGGCUCAAAACACCCAAAAGACCCUUCAAGAUCUCUUCAACAGCACGUCCUGUGCAAAGCCACCUUACACCUGUCCGCAUUCGCAGAUAGAAUUCUACUUGUAUACCAGGGAAACGCAACAAAAUCCGCACUUAUUAGACGUUCGAGAUUUUAAUUCUCUUCGGAAUUCCAAAUUCGAGAAGAAGAACCCGACGAAGAUCAUUAUUCACGGCUUCGGCGGUGGACGAAAUUUAGCGCCCAGCACAGAUUUACGAGAUGCGUAUUUCACGCGAGGCGAUUACAAUAUUAUAAUCGUCGAUUAUGGUUCGUUGGUACGCGAGCCCUGUCUCUCGCAGAUCUCAUGGGGCCCGGAUUUCUGCUCCAAGUGCGUCGCGCAGCUGGUCAAGUACCUGAGGGAUCAUCCGCGCGGCACCAAGGUGGAGAACAUCCACGUGCUCGGGUACAGCGUGGGCGCGCAUAUCGCUGGACUCAUCGCAAAUUACUUGCCCAAUGACAAGCUAGGGAGAAUUACGGGCCUCGAUCCGACGAUAUUUUUCUACAUGAACGGCAACCGCUCGAUGGAUUUAGACGAGACGGAUGCCCAUUUUGUGGACGUGAUCCACACAGCCGCGGGCAUCCUGGGCCAAUGGGGACCAACCGGCCACGCGGACUUUUACGUAAACGGUGGCUCGAGUCAGCCCGGAUGCGCCACUUCUUCUAUACUCCAAACCCUCUCGUGCGACCACACGAAGGUGACACCGUAUUACAUAGAGUCGAUCACGACGAAAAAGGGAUUCUGGGCGGCGCCGUGCGCGAAUCUGUUCUCUUACCUGAUCGGGUGGUGCAAUCCCAAGAGAGAGGAUCACAUCCUGAUGGGGGAGGAUUCCCCUCAUACCGCACGCGGCAUCUUCUAUCUGUCAACAAACGCACGCAAACCGUACGCCCGAGGACUGCCCGAAAAAAGCCAGCGACGGACAAAUCGGAAGCAAUCGUCCUCCCGCCAGUCCUGAGCCUGCUGAAGCAGCUAAUCAACAUAAUUAUAGAGUAGCGUAUAGUCCGUGUUUGUACGUGAAUCAGUCAGGAGAAAAGAAAACGUUAAGUUAUACAUUAUUAUAUAAAUAUUUGUGUAGAUAUAUAUACGUUACGUCGAUAUAUAUAAGUUUUAGUCUUACACACCCUGUCGCGACUCUUUUUGUACAUUCGAUUAAUCAUUCGGAGGGAUUUUCUCUCCUUCCCGAUUUUUUCUUUUUUAAUAAAAGAUGUUGCGCGCCGAUAUAAGUGUAUAUCGCGCGAAAGCAAGAAA